UGCACCUACAACUGUUGCACCAACAACUGCUGCACCAACGACAGCUGCACCUACAACUGCUGCCCCAACAACAGCAGCACCCACAACAGCAGCACCUACAACUUUUGCACCAACAACGGUUGCACCAACAACUGCUGCCCUAACAACAGUUGCAAUUACAACGGUUGCACCAACAACGGUUGCACCAACAGCGGUUGCACCAACAACGGUUGCACCAACAACUGAUGCACCUACCACUGUUGUACCUACAACUGCUGCACCCACAACUGUUGCUCCAACAACAGCUGCACCCACAACUGUUGCUCCAACGACAGUAGCACCAACUACAGUGGCACCUACAACAGCAGAACCAACAACAGCAGCACCUACAACUGCUGCCCCAACAACAGCAGCACUUACAACUGCUGCACCCACAACUGUUGCUCCAACGACAGCUGCACCCACAACUGUGGCUCCAACGACAGUAGCACCAACUACAGCGACACCUACAACAGCAGAACCAACAACAGCACCACCUACAACUGUUGCACCAACAACUGCUGCCCUAACAACAGUUGCAAUUACAACAGUUGCACCAACAACAGUUGCACCAACAACUGAUGCACCUACAACUGUUGCACCAACAACGGUUGCACCAACAACUGCUGCACCAACGACAGCUGCACCUACAACUGCUGCCCCAACAACAGCAGCACCUACAACAGCAGCACCUACAACUUUUGCACCAACAACGGUUGCACCAACUGCUGCCCUAACAACAGUUGCAAUUACAACGGUUGCACCAACAACGGUUGCACCAACAACUGAUGCACCUACCACUGUUGUACCUACAACUGCUGCACCCACAACUGUUGCUCCAACAACUGCUGCACCCACAACUGUUGCUCCAACGACAGCUGCACCCACAACUUUGGCUCCAACGACAGUAGCACCAACUACAGCGGCACCUACAACAGUUGCACCAACGACUGA